AGUCUGCCAGGAUCUUGUCUCGGUCUUCCUUGGUAAAGGACAAGAAGAUGGCAAUAAAGUGAGUUUUUGCAUAUUUAACUAUUGGACGUUUUACCAUUUUGAGCAGGAAAGCAACUUACAGCAGCCAUGUGGAGCAGCUUUUCGUUCAUUGGUAGAUUCUGUUGCUAUCAAAAGGACCCACUGGAGGAUGUUGAGACUUGGAGCGAGUCUGUGGACAAACUUCUAAGUUGUAAAGCUGGGCAGAUAGCUUUCCGGGAGUUCCUCAAAUCAGAGUACAGUGAGGAGAACAUAUUGUUUUGGCUGGCCUGUGAGGACUACAAAAAAAUCAAGAGCGUCCCCGAAAUGAUCUCAUCCGCCAACAGGAUCUUCUCCGAGUUCGUCCAAACAGAAGCGCCCAAACAGAUCAACAUUGACUGGGGCACCAGAGAAAACAUCAGUAAGAACAUCUCGCAGCCCACUCUGACUUCUUUCGACACCGCACAGAAGCUCAUCUACAGUUUAAUGGCCAGGGACUGCUACCCACGCUUCCUAAAAUCUGACAUCUAUCAAGGACUGCUGAGGAGAAACGACUCAAGGUGACUGUUCGGCGACCACCAGCUCGUGACAACCCCCCUCCUCCUGCCACACUCUGUCAUCUCAAGCAUUUAAAACAAUCCAGAAACCCUUUUUUGCAGAUGUAGCUUUCUGUGUGACUCAGUAGGUGUUUCAAAAGUAAACCUCUAUUUUCUCCUUUAC